AGGGAAUAUGAUAACAUAUAUAAAUUACUCUCUAACGUAUUCUUAUAAUAAAAUAUAUUACUUACAAACAUACUUCAUAUUCAAUUCUUAAUUUUCAAUUUUCAAUGGCGGGGUUAUUGUGGAAGAGGGGCACAACUCUAGGUCAAGGUGGAUUCGGUGUUGUCUCGUUAGCUUCUACGUCUAACGCACUAUUUCGUGGUGUUACUCUUCCAUCUCUCAUCGCCCUCAAAUCAUGCAACUACAAUGCUUCUCAAUCAUUGAAAGAAGAAGUUGAAAUCCUCCGAAUGUUCAAACAUUCUCCUCACAUUGUUCACUGUUUCGGAGCUAAUGUCUCUUUUGAAGAUAACGUCAAUCUUUACAACUUAUUACUCGAGUAUGCUUCCGGAGGAAGCCUUGCUGAUCGUCUUCAGAACUGCAAUUCACUGUCGGAGUUUGAAGUUAAGAAACACACAAAGAAUGUACUUAUAGGGCUCAAUUGUAUACACAAUAAAGGAAUUAUUCACUGCGAUAUCAAACCUGGAAAUAUUCUCCUUGUAGGCGGGGACAAAACUGCCAAGAUUGCUGAUUUCGGGCUCUCCAUGACCUUGGAACAGGGCAUGAAUCAAAAACAGGGAAUUAUCAGGGGAACAGAAAGGUAUAUGGCACCUGAGUCCGUGAUUAACACUGAGUAUACCCCAAAAGUUGAUAUUUGGGCUCUUGGUUGUACUGUCUAUGAGCUGAUUACGGGGACACCGCUAUGGGAAGACGCAGAUGGUGAUGAUGUGUUAGACAAAAUUGAGUUUGAGGAACCAAAGUUUCAGAAUCCAAAGUUGUCAACUGAGGCUAGAAAUUUUCUGGAAAAAUGUCUUGUGAAGAAUCCGAGCACGCGUUGGACUGCAGACAUGCUCUUGAACCAUACUUUUCUGCAGAAUUUAUCCAAAGUAGCCAACACAGCAAAGACAAGGAAGAAGAAAAUUGAAUCAAUGUCCUUUCUACACCAACCAAUCCAGAAGAUAACAUUCAAGAUCGGCCAUCAUAAAUUCUCGAGGCAAUUGCUGGAUCCGAAGCCCCUUCUAGACAAACCAAUCAAGAAGAUAACAAUCAAGACCGGCAAUCAUGAAUUCGUGAGGUACUUGACAGAUCUGAAGGAAGUAGAGAAUGAAACUUGUGGAAGGGUACUGAGUACUGACAAUAGAUAAGAUACAUAAUAAAAAAUUAUUUGUAUAUAUAUAGAGAAGUAUGUAUGGGUUUGAUCCCUCUUUAGGAUUUCUAUUUGGGGUAUGUAGGCGACGUGACGAAGAUGAUCUCACGUGCAGCCCCUUAUUAGUUUAAUAAAAAAAAGUUGUGUAGUUGAUCAACAUUCUUUAUAAAGAAAGGCGAGUUGUUAUAUAUGUGUUGCAAAGUUGAACUUGUUAUUAUGAUUGAAUUGAUAGGUUAGAAAUCUAUGGUUUCCUUAUUAUUAUGACUCAUCUGUUGUGCUUUUCAUAUUUGUGUCCUCUCUUUUGUAACCAAUUUAAAAACAAUGUUUACCUAUCAAGUACUACUGGUUUUGGGGAGUGUUAUCUUGACUCACGUGAAUUUUAUUAUCAUGCUUGAAGCUUCUCUUGAGUGCUUUUCCGUGGAAAAAAAAUGGAAAUUGCAGUUAGAUAUUUCAUAUGGGAAGUGUAAGUAACUAACUCAUAGUAAGGAUAUUGGAAUGACUGGUAUAUACUUUCUGCAUACAACCAUUCAUAUGUAAAACCAUCACACUUCUUAAAUCUUCUGUACUAAUCAAUAUUGCAGAUCUAGACCAUCAAAAAGAGAGACAAGCUCGAGCUUAUUUGCUCGAUCCAUUGCAGCCAUCUACUCCACCCGUCACUUUAUAGGAUCUACAAAGACAUUAUAUAUAUGAACUCUCGAUUCAUCUGCAAAAAUAACUUAUACACCUCGUAAAUCUUCACCAUAGAGCAGUACACCAGUUGGUUUGGAGACAUUUUUGGGACAGAGGAACCUCUAUUGAAUUCGAAGUUUGUUCCCAAAACGAACCAUGUAUAAUUUUCCUCUCGGGCUUUUCCCAAGUAGAUAGUCCAUGUGCAAAUUUUGAUUGAAACAACCAAGUAAAUUCAAGUGAAGAGAAUUAAUGGUUGUGGGACUCUGCUAAAUCAAGAGGGCCCCUGAGAAGAGAAUGGUCAGUUGGAGCUAAUGUAUUGAUGAAUCCGGAUGAUUUCCUUUUAAUUUUUCUAAACGAGCAAUAGUAGAAUGUAAUCAACAUCAGGUUCAGAUCACUCAAGAGGCUGCUGGUGAAGAGAAUGGUCUCUUAGGGCAAACUUUUUCCCAAAUUCAAGAAUUUGUGAUGCCUUUAUCACUUGUUAUAAAAGUUGAUACAAUCCCCCCCUAAAUGAAAAUUAUUCUUCUGUCUAAACCAAAUCUACAUUCAUUCAAACAUAUAGGUAUUGCUAGCUGAUCGAUUUAUCUAGGUUCUCUUUAAAUUUAUAUGUCCAAUUUUAUGCGAUUGAAAUGAGGAAUCAAUGUCCAAAUUGAUGUCACCUUUAUUGUUUGGUACUACAGUGCUUCUCAAUCGUUGAAAGAAGAGGAGAAAUUUCUCGGUAAACGCUUUCUAGUCGGCCUUCGAUUCGAUGAUGCCUAUCUCGUUGUGGUAGAAUAGUACUCCACCAUCUGAUCUCAGUCCCGUCAAACACUCUCCUUGCAUCAUUCACUGUUUUGGAGCUCAUCUCUCCUUGCAUCCGGAGGAAGC